AUGGGUCAUCAUCAUCAUCAUCACGGAGGCAGCGGUCAUCACCAUCAUCAUCACCAUCAUGGUAGUGGACACUAUGGUGGAGGUGCAGUUUUAGUUACACCAAUUGUUACACCAGUUCCAGUUGUAUAUGGAUCAAGAUCAUCAUCAUAUUGUCCAAAAUCAAUGACCGUUGCUUAUGUACUUUGGUUCUUUUUUGGUAUUUUAGGUUUCCACAGAUUAUAUUUAGGAAGAGUUGGUACAUUCUUUUUAUAUUUCUUUACAGCAGGUGUAUUUGGUUUAGGUUGGCUAUUUGAUGCAUUUUAUACUCACAAGAUGGUUAAACAUUAUAAUGAAUGUGAAUUCACAAAAUCAUGCGUUGGACAAAGUCCACCUGCCACCAUUCCAAUUUAUCAAAGUGAAGGAGCUUAUCCAACUUAUCAACAAGUUCCACAACAACCACCACAAUUCUAUCAACCACAACAACAACAACCACAAUAUCAACCAUAA